CAGCAGCACAACUGCACAACAAGAACGUGUUUUUGAUGGACCGAACGGUCUGCGGCAAACAGCGAGAAAAGAAAAAAAGAGCGUGUUUUGAACUUUUGAACACACGUUUGAGCCGUUUUAUUUUAAUCGCAUGUGAUUUUGCUCUUGUGCACUAUAUAUAAAUAAUUGGUGUCAAAUAGAAAUAACGGUAACUGCAAAAAUGAAGAAGAAAGGUAAUCGUAACAGGAAAAGUAAUAAAGUUAAAAUUGAUGCUCCAAUAUCGGAAGAGCCGUUUGCGCUCAAAAACUCACCUCACACUUUUGUAAUUCAUCGAGGAGAAAAAUGUUCCUCAGUAACAGCACUGUCAAGGGACUUCCGCCACAUAAUGGAACCUUUCACGGCUUCCUCACUCCGUGAGCGACGUUUUAACAAAAUAAAAGAUUUUGUGCAUUUGUCAGGAUAUUUUCAUGUAUCUCACAUGUGUAUUUUCUCCUUGACAAAGCAAUCAUUGUCGUUUAAGGUUAUUCGUAUGCCAAAAGGACCGACCCUAACAUUCAAGGUGACCCAGUAUACAUUAGCCAAGGACGUAAUCAGUUUAUCCAAAAAGCAGUUUUUAGACACAGAAAGUUUUCAAACGCCACCACUGGUUAUUUUGAAUAGUUUCAGCGGAGAAGGAAAACAGCUCAAGUUGAUGGCUUCUACAUUUCAAAACAUGUUUCCUCCUAUCAAUCUGUCCACUGUCAAAUUAUCAUCCCUUAAACGCUGCGUUCUGUUAUCGUAUAAUCCUGUUUCAAAAUUGAUCGAUCUGCGUCAUUAUUCUGUCACUGUAGUUCCAGUGAAUCUCAACAAAGGCGUUAAGAAAGUGGUUACCCGUAACAUACCGAAUAUGGCUAAAUUCAACGAUAUUGCUGACUACAUCGAAAAAGGUUAUUUGCUAUCGGAUUCAGAAUUUGACGACAAUGAGACGCACGUGGUCUUGCCACAAAAUUUGCGACGUGGUAAUUUAGCAGAUAAUAAAUCUUCCCUUAGACUGUAUGAAAUUGGCCCUCGUAUAACAAUGCGACUUAUGAAAAUCGAAGAAGAUUUAUUAACUGGAGAAGUACUGUAUCAUGAUUACAUCGAAAAAAGUGUAGUUGAGAUCGAAGAGUUACGUAAAAAGCGAGCAGCAAAAAAACAACUCAAGGAACAACGCAAAUUACAGCAAGAGAAAAACAAGAAAAAGAAAGAAAUAGAAAAGAUCGAGCACAGAGCAAAAACGUCUGGUGGAAAGCUUACUGACCAUGAUAGACAAUUGCUCAAAGAUGCCGAAGAAGCCGUUGGUAACGAAUCGGAAGAAGAUGACAGCCAGUACUAUCGAGAGGCAGUUGGAGAAGCUCCUGAAAAAGAGCUGUUUGAAGGACAGAGUGGCAGUCGUAAAAGGCCAUUUGUUCCAAAGGGCAUCAAAUAUUCAUUAAAACCGAAAAGAGCACGGAUAGACAAAGGAAAAAAGCUUAACAGAGAUGAUCGAUCAGAGCCGCAUUUUAGGACAGAUUCCCUCAAAGAUAAAAAACAGAAAACCAAAAGGACAAACAAAUCGCAGUUGGCUGGACACUUUAAAAAAAAGCUUAAAAAUACUGAAAGGAAUAAAGGCAAAACGGAUAUUGUUAAAUCAAAAAUUAAAUCCAGCAAAAAAAAACAUAAACUUUAAAAUAUAUUUUUAACAAUGGCAUUAUUUUUCGCCAAACGUAAAAAGGGCAUAUUUAAAACUUACGCUUGUACUAAUCAAAAACGAGAAAAUUUGGCUUGUUUAUAUAUGGUAGAUAGGCCCUUUUUACAUGUUCGGCGAGAUUUAUUCGUGAAUAAAUUUUGUUAUAUAUCAUUCAGUAGUAUAAAA